AUGGGGGGCGAUUUACUUACCUCAAAAGUCACCUCACCCACGCCAUCGCCAAGGGAGGUAGGCGGGGCGGCGAUACAAUGGGUGUGUACGAAGAGGGGAAGGAUGGUGGUUAUGAUGGCUGUGUUAUUCUCGGUUUUUCUAGGGCUGGCAGGCAUGAAACACCGUGAGGAACUGUCAUCGAGAUACAGAGGCAUACCUUCAUAUCAUCACUGGAAAGCAUACCUUCCUCCCCUGCCUGAAUCCAUAAGCUCGUCAUUCAAGACACCCUCGAACUUGACGUUACAGAUUGAAAACGGCCAAAUCGACCAUGUACCGGCAAAACUUAAAAAGACAACGCCCAACUUCCACCUCAUCAUGCCGUUUGAGUACGAGUCAAGUAACUUUUGCAAAUCGACACUGUCUGCCAUGCUGCUCAACUAUCCUCCACCGACUGUGGUACAGUUAAAUUCCGGCCAUGGGACGAGUGAAAAGCGACAUGAGGCGAUUCUCAACGACACGCUGCAUUACCUGAGCAAUACGAAGUUGGUCAAGGAUAAGGACCUGGUGCUCAUCGUUGAUGCACAGCAGACAUGGUUCCAGCUUCCAAGCGAUGUGAUGAUUGAGCAGUACAAGCAAUUGCUUGAAGAUGGCAAUUUACGGCUAUUGAAAAGAUAUGGAACUGACGAGAAUGGGUUUCAGAAGUUCAAUCAGACGAUUGUAUUUGGAGCAGAGAAGAUGUGCGAGGGCGACGACAAGGCAUGCAAAUAUGUACCACUAUCGCCAUCUCCCGACAACUUGUACACCACCGAGACUGGUCGGCUGAUAUCGGAUACGCCCGCCAAGUUUAUAAACGCCAGGAUGGCCAUGGGUCCGGCGAGAGAUUUUAGAGAGUUGUACCAGGCUGCGCAGAAGAAGUUUCUGGAUCGUAAGAGUCAGUCGCCGACCACUCAGUCCGUGUUUGCUACGCUAUUUGCAGAACAACAAUUGAGUCGCGAUGCCGUCGAGGUAGAAACCAGAUCUCCUGGCGCAAAGCUCAGAAACUUGUUCAAUGGCGGAUGGAGAAAAUCUGCAGCCAGACGCAGAAUAAACCAAGCCAAACUCGAACUCGAACUCUCCAACUUCACCAGACGAGAAUUUUCUAUCGGCCUCGACUACACCCACACCCUCUUCCAACCCCUCCUCUACACCACCCCAGACGAACUCAUCCCCAUGGUCCACAACACCAACAACAACAUAACCAGCUACACCCACUUCAACCGCGACCCAUCCUACCUCUCCCCUCCAGCCUCGCUCAACCACACAACCACACCCUUCUGGCGCCCCGACCUAGCAAAACCCAGCCCCUCCCCGCACAACCGCUCCACACACAUCAAAAACCUCGACUACGACGCAAACCUCGACACGUUACCCGACCGCAACGUCGCCUGGACCGACGUACCCCUCGUGCAAAACACCUACACGGGCGCCAUGCCCGUCACCCUCGACGCACAGCUACCUCGCGGGCCCAACCUCGCCCCAUCCAAGAUAACAUGGGAUUCGCUUUGGUACACAGAGUAUCGUCGCGCGUUACUCCGCGUUUACUUUCGCGCGCCGCAGUCGGCGGUGGGGUACCACGAGUCUGCCGUUGGGGGGGAUCGCAUGUGGGAUGCGCGCGGGGGACGGGGCGGCGUGUGGACGGCGGUGGGGCAGAGCUGGUUGCCGUGGGGGGAGGCAGAUGGGGUGUGUGGUUCGGUGGAGGAUUUGAAGGGCGUGUUUGGGGAUGGGAAGGGGGUGUGGUUGCAUGAAGGGGAGAAGGAUGCGGAGACGAAGAGGGUGCAGGUUAUGGCGAAAGUGAGGUUGGGCGGGUCGGUACAUGGUAAACGGUCGGUUGGAUGA